AUGAAAAAACAACAUACACGUAAAUCUGAUGGUAUAUCAUUUGAACAACGAAAGUUUGAUGAAAGAAUUGCUCAACGUGCUCGUUUUACUCAAGAAACACCAGAUUUUAUUGUUACUGAUUGUUACAGAGGUAUGACUGAUCAAGAUAUCUCUCGUUUAUCUUCACGUGAUAACAUAAAACGUCGAAUUAGAAUGUUUCGUCAGAAUAAACAUGUUAUAGCAGCACCAAAUGAUCCAAGUUUUGAAUCUAUUCCUACAUCUUUAACCAAAACUGUUCGUCCAGAUCAAUUCUUGCGGUGUGACACUGGUCCAGAUAUGCAUUUCAAUGUAUAA